AUGGCGGAGUUGCCCACUGUAGAGGGAGCAGACGAGGACGAUGCGGCCGAGAUCGUCUUCCCUAGUGGAAAAACAGUCAAUGAACGAGACCCUCCAAAACCUAACAAGACCAAGAAAGGCAAGAACGUUGCACAAGGCAAGUACGCCGUCAGGCUUAGCUCUCCCCCUAAGAAGCGCAAGGCUUCUCCCGCAGAACCACCUAGAACACCGCUGCAAUCAGGCCUUUCGAAGCUAGUGGAGGCGUCAGUGCGAUACCAUCCGGACAAGGACCGCAUCCUGAAGAAGGGGUUUGCUGGAGAGGGGUUGACUCCCCCGGAGCUCCGAGACAUGCUUCGACGCUUGUUCCACAUCAGACUAACAGAGCCCGAGCUCUCGGCCGUCUUUGCGCACUUUGUGCCCGACGGUGGCAUGGAACUCGAUGGAAACACCUUCGUCAUUCACUUUAUUCAGGGCAAGUACACUGAGGCUGAGCCACUGUACGAGCGGUCACAGGCCAUACAAGAGAAGGGCAAGUACACUGAGGCUGAGCCACUGUACGAGCGGUCACAGGCCAUUCAAGAGAAGGUGCUAGGUCCGAGGCAUCCUGAUGUGGCCACGGCUGAACGGGACCGUCGAAGGGUAGAGCGCCUGGAGUUUGAACGCAAGCACAUGGAGCAAAAGGCGCUCGAGGAGGCGGAGCUUUUAAACGCACCCGACCCUGCAGAGGCAUUGAACCACCUUCAACCCGAUGUGAAAUGGGGGCCCGAGGACGAGGCUAGCGCCAUGGCACUGAUUACUGAGGCAGCGGUGGCUUAUGACAAGACGUCCCCGGCGUCGUUUAGCCUCGACGCCUUCGAAGGCGCCACCAUGACUCCCCUAGUUUUCAGGGAGCAACUUCGCAGGGUUUUCAACAUCAAGCUAUCUCCCCCGCAGCUCGCGGCGGUCAUGGCGAGUUUUGACAAGGAUCAUGACGGCUCGGUCAACUGCGCAGAGUUCCUGCUCAAGUUCUUCAUGACAGGAUUUCAGGAGCGGUCCAGGCGCCUCCAUAUUCGGCGAGAGGGUGAGCGGAAGCGGAAGGAGAAGGAAGCGGCGGAAACGGAGGCUAGGCGAACGGAGGCAGAGGAGCGAGCUAGGCAAAAGGUGGACUACGAAUAUGCUAGCGAGGAACAAGCGAGUGGUCUGGCCAAGCUGGUGGAGGCCGCCGUAGCCUACGAUGCCACAGGUCCUGCUUCCCUUGGCCUAGGAGCGUUUCAGGGGCACAAGAUGCCGCCUCAUGUGUUUCGGGAACAGCUGAGGAAGGUCUUCAACAUCAAGCUCACGCCUGCGGAGCUCGGGGGCGUGAUGCAUCGGUUUGACAAGGACGACGAUGGAACUGUGGACGUCGUGGAGUUUACGAAGAUGUUCUUCAAGAUGGGAUUUGACGAGAGGAACAGGAGGACAAAGAAGAAACGAGAAGCUGAAGCGGAAGAGAGAAAGAACGCUCUGAAAAUAAACAGAUCAUAUUCUGAGCGGCACUACCAGUCCGCGAUGGCCAAGAUAACCAAGGCCGCAGCCAGGUACGACAAGAACCACCCCAGCGCCGUGUCUCUGGAUGCCUUUGAUGGGGCGCAAAUGGAGCCUCAUGUGUUUCGUGAGCAACUCAAGAGGGCGUUCGGGAUACGGUUGACACCACCUGAGCUGGGCGCUGCCAUCCACGCCUUCGACAAAGAUGGCGACGGGUCGAUCAGCUGCCCGGAGUUCCUCCGCACUUUUUUCAGGCUUGGGUUCGAGGUGAAGUCUGAAACCAGCACCAGGAGGAGAACCAGGGACCGCAAGAUGGCGAGGAGGGUAGCGGAGGAGGCGGCCGAGAAAGUGAGGCAGCCCACACCGGCAGCCGUCCCCAAAGACGCUCUUAAGGUCAGCGAAAGCUUCGAUGAGCACGACAAGGAGUCUGCGAUGGCCAAGAUUGCUGACGCAGCAUCAAGGUACGACAAGAAUCACCCGAGCUGUCUGGGGCUCGAUGGCUUCGAGGGAGCCUUGAUGCCACCACACAUCUUCAAGGAGCAGCUGAAGAGGGUGUUCGGCCUCAAGCUCAGCCCUGGUGAGCUUGGAGCGAUGAUGCAGGAGUUCGACAAGGACGGCGACGGGAUGGUUAAUUGUGCCGAGUUCCUCCUGACGUUUUUCCGGGUUGGCUUCGAGAGCCGGAACCGAGCGCUCCAGAGACGGAGGGAAGAAGAGGCGGCCAGGGCGAAGCGGACGGAACAGGAGGAGAACAGGCGCUACCUCAAGGCGGAAAGGAGAAGACUUCAGGACGCCCUCGCCCCGUAUACCGAAAAGGCAAGCGAGCGGCGCCAACUAGGUCCGGGUGGGCUCAAGGCUUGGGAGGUGAAGUGUAUGACCCCGACGGAGCUGAAGGCCGCCCUCCAGCAAACGUUUGACAUCCGCCUGUCUCCGUCCCAGCUAGGUGCCGUGGCGCAUCUCUUUGGGGCGGGAGGGGACACGGCCGACGCAGACGUGUGCGACGGAGCGUUUGCGCCGCCGUUGCAGAUCGAAGUACCGGAGUUUCUCACCACUUUCUUCAAGAUUUCCGCCGUCGCCAAAAGGCUGGCGGCGCAGAGCGAUUCGGCAGCAAGGCUUAGCGAGUACCGGGCUGCUCUCAAGGAGCGCCUCGCGCAGCAAGAGGAGGUCAGGCGGACUCUGAAAGCGAUGCGUGACAACCCCCCAAAGAGAGCCCUCACCGCAGACAGCGGCUUGAAGAGGGCGGCCAUCACAGGGCGCAAAGGAGGUGCCGGGCCUAGGGCAGGCGGUCGAGCGAUGGACACAGUGGAAAGAAUCCGUUUGCAGGUUUCCAGGGCGCGGGCUACCAAGAGGCUGGACCUCUCCACGUGGGCCAACCGGAGGCAGGGGGGUUUCCUACUCAGCAGGGUGCCUCGAACUGUGAGACAUGCAGAUAUUUUUCGGGCGUUCGACAUUUCUUUCCAGACCGAGGUUUUCUGGGAACGUUCAACAACAAUUGAGGACGUGCAGCUGUUCCCUAUGUUCAAUGCUUCUCUUGAAGCGCUCCUUUCACAUCCCGAGGACUCAGCGGAGGUUGGCCUGGUCGGUUGAAAAGCUGCUGGCUUCAUGGGAGUUUAUGGAGAGCCUCUUCGUCCUUGAUCUAGGUUGCAGCGUUGUAAUUUUCUUAUAUGCAAUGUCCUUUGAAUCACUUGGCUUCCGGUGUCGGUUUAUGCUCCCUUUAUCGCGUUUCAUUCAUAUCCGUCGUUCGAAUCUCUGGAUCAAUUGCUUCCACAAUGUGAUACUUUUCGCGAGUGGUCGUUUCAAGGCAGGUCAUUCAUGUACAGCAGAGGUCCCUGUUUAGUGCCGGUUACCGGUAUAGUGCCGGUCAAUUCUCGGCGCACAGAAUCCGCCCUGAAUAGUGCCACACCGGACCUAUUCAGGGCUGCCCACUAUAGUGCCGGUUCGGGCCCCACUGAACCCCACAAUAGUGCCGGUUCAAGCACGCACGCACACACAACACACAAGAUACACACAUGACACAGAAGACAGACACAGAGGAGAAGGGUACACGUGCUGCUGCAGAGCCGAACAGCACUACGCCNACCGGCACUUCAGGGCUGUGUAGGUUCGGGCCCACUGAACCCCACUGAAGUGCCGGUUCAAGCACGCACGCACACACAACAAACAAGAGACACACAAGACAGAAGACAGACACAUAGGAGAGGGUACACGUGCUGCUGCAGACCCGAACAGCACUACGCAGAGGCGCACCAUGCCAUGUGCGGAAGGUCACCUUCCGCGGGAAUUUAUCGCGACGUAGUGAGGGCACGGGUUACAGCUACAGUGGCUGUUUGGUUUCUUGCAUGUCCAGUUCUUGCGGUCGUGUUUUUUUUCUUCUUGUUUUGGCUACAUCGAAGGAGGGUGAGGAGGAGACAGAUUUAGCUUCCUCCUUCACCAAUAGGUUGUGCCAGCAGGAGCUUCGCAAAAGUAUUACCGCCAAAAAUCCAUGGGCUUCAUGAUCUGUGGUUUGCUUUCGCUCUCGAGGAGUGAUGUUGAGGUUGGGCGAAAUGGUUUGAUCCGUUUGAGGCCAGUGCCACGGCAUUCUUGCCAACUAAAUACUGGACACCUACGCGGGGCAUCCUUUGCGAUAUUCAUGUGAAGGGUUGAAGUCAGGUUGUGCAAGUGUGCAGUACGUGCGCUGAGGUGGGUACAGCAACAAGGUGCAGCAUGUGUGUCCCGUCCAGUUAACUUAUUAAGCAAAAUAUGUGUGUUCGACAGGGCAG